ACAUCAAAAGCUUAACUCUCUUUUUUCACUUCCAUGGAGUCUAAGAAGAAUCAAGUCCCGUUGGAGCUACUUCCAUGGUUAGUUGUCCAUAGCGAUGGAAAGAUAGAGAGACUAGCUGGAACCGAAGUUUGUCCUCCUGGUUUAGAUCAAGAAAUCCGUGUAUUGUCUAAAGAUAUCAUCAUCGAUCCCAAAACCGGUUUAUCCGCUAGAAUCUAUCGACCUGAAUCGGUUCAACCCGGUCAGAAGCUUCCUCUCGUGUUUUAUUUCCAUGGCGGUGCGUUUCUCAUCGCCUCCGCUUCGUUUCCUUGUUACCAUACCACUGUGAACAACCUCGUCGCUCAGGCUAACGUCAUCGCCGUCUCUGUCAGUUACAGACUAGCACCAGAACAUCCACUUCCUAUAGCGUACGAGGACUCAUGGACCGCGUUAAAGACAAUCCAAACGGUAAACGAGCCGUGGAUCAACGACUACGCUGACUUGGACCGUUUAUUCCUAGUCGGAGACAGCGCGGGAGCUAAUAUCUCGCACCACCUUGCAUUCCGAGCCAAACAAUCCGAUCAGACCGUUAAAAUCAAAGGCAUUGGAAUGAUCCAUCCGUAUUUUUGGGGAACACAACCUAUUAGAUCAGAGAUCAAAGACAAAGCGAGGAAACAAAUGGUGGAUGGAUGGUGGGAGUUUGUGUGUCCAUCCGAGUUAGGAUCCGAUGACCCGUGGAUAAAUCCGUUUACGGAUGGGUCACCGGAUCUUGAAGGGUUAGGGUGUGAGAGAGUGAUGAUUACUGUGGCAGAGAAAGAUAUAUUGAAAGAGAGAGGGAAGUUGUAUUAUGAAAGAUUGGUGAAGGGUGAGUGGAUAGGUAAGGUUGAGAUGAUGGAGACGAAAGGGAAAGAUCAUGUUUUUCAUAUUUUUGAGCCUGAUUGUGAUGAAGCUGUGGAGAUGACACGACGCUUGGCUCUCUUUAUUAACCAAGUCGUAGUUUGAUAUUGUUAGUUUUGGAUUUAUUUUGCCCAAAUUUAUGGGGUUAUAAAUGUUUUUAUAUUGGUGACCAAAAAAUAAUAAUAAUAAUAAAUGUUUUUACAUGUUUGUUAAUGCUGUUGUUAUUGUUUUUUUUUUCCCCAAAUUUGUGUAUUUUGAACAUUUAUCUGUGGUUUAAAGAGAGGUUUCUCUUUGUA